AUUGGCGCUUCGACAGAAUUCACAUGAAGUUACUUGUUCGUUCUUUCUUUUUCUCAUCAACAUCAAACGUAAUAGAAACGUCCGGUCUUUUCUCCUUUGAUAAUGGGUAUUGACAUUUGUCAUAAAUACGACCGUAAGGUCCGUCGUACGGAACCAAAAAGUCAAGAUGUUUACUUGCGACUUCUUGUUAAGUUGUACCGUUUCUUGUACAGACGUACAUACAAGAAGUUCAACAAAAUCAUCUUGAAACGUUUGUUUAUGAGCCGUAUCAACCAGCCACCAAUCUCGUUGCAAAAGAUUGUCCGCUUCUUGAAACAGAGUGGCAAACAAGAAAAGAUCGUCGUUGUUGUUGGCACCGUCACAGAUGAUAUUCGUCUGUUGAAAGUACCAAAAUUGAAAUUGUGCGCUCUUCGUGUUACCGAAAAGGCACGCGGCCGCAUCUUGGCUGCUGGCGGUGAAGUCAUCACAUUCGAUCAAUUGGCUGUUCGUUCACCAACCGGCAAAGGCACAUUGUUGCUCCAAGGUAAACGUACCGCUCGUGUUGCCAACAAGCACUUCGGCAAAGCACCUGGUGUUCCACACUCACACACCAGACCAUACGUUCGCUCCAAGGGACGCAAAUUUGAACGUGCUCGUGGUCGCAGAAAGAGCUGCGGUUACAAGAAGUAAACGGGUGGUUUUGGUUCCAUCGAAUGCUCCGAUUAAAAACAUGAAGCGAAAAAAUCCAUCAAUCCUGUGCGUUAUUAUAUGUAAUGUUACGUAAAAUACAAUAAAAAGCAAGGAACCCUACUAAAAAAAAA